AAGAGGUAUUCCGCCUCACUUAGAAAGAUAAAUAACCCCCCGAGUCUAUGUACAACUGAAUCCCUGGCGCAGCAUCCAUCGCCACAAAUAGCUCCAUCGAUCUCUUCUGCACCUAUAGACCAACAACAAUGAGGAUUGAGGCAAUCGCCGAGGCACUGCGUGAGGCAGAGGUUGAGGCUCCGCCAACCACUUAUUCUGGUACUUACUACCGCGUUGGACAGGCGUCCCGGACCACGCGGUAUGGGAUUAUCGGGGGCAUUCUGGAGAUCGAUGGCAUCCACUACGGACUGACUAGCAUCAUUCCAUUCCUUCAAUACCACCCUCCACAUCCGCCGGUCGUUCGCCGCAGCGCGAUCUAUAGCGUCGAGACCGACCAGUACAUCGGCGGACCUCCACCAGACCAGGCCAACGAGGCGGAGCCCGACCCCCGGUUCUGGAGCCGGGAGCAAGGCUGGGCCCUGGUGAACCUGGGCCCCAAGCCGGAGCACUGGACCAACUACUGGAACCAUGAUCUGACCCCAGAUGAGGUGGUGACGCCGCGGUGGCCCGUUUCGCUCUGGAGGGGGUUUAUCCCAUACCACCGAACCCGCCAGUUAAUUGGGUUGCUGUGGGAUGCCUGGUCGGAGCCAGUGACCUUUCGAGUGACCAACUAUGUAGAACUUAGGACGCCCCGGAUAGGCACCGUGGAUGCCUACCGGAUGAGAGCAUCCAUCCCAUUUUAUGACUUGCUAGGCACGUGGGUGGUAGAUGCGGAGUCUGAAGUUCUCGUAGCGAUGAUUAUAGCCGGCCCGCUACGAUGGGAGGAUCAGCGUGUUGUGUACGCGGUGGAUGCGACGAUCAUCAUGGAUGAGCUUGCCGGUCGAUUUCCGGGCGUGAGCAUCACCAUUCCGAAUCGCCACGAGUAGACUCUUAGGCUAGGUACUAGUAGUCAAUGCUUCGACGGUCCAAGAGAGCAUACAAAUUGAGAAUUCCGUAGACUCGUAGAGGAAGCUCCAUGCAAUCGAUCUGAAGUGAAUCUAUCAGGCGGCGGACACUUGGCACUUGGCAUCUCAUCUCGAAGAUCCAG